CUCACAGGUAUUAACCAAUAGUUGAUAUAUGUGUUGCUGUCAGUGGGUCAGUUUUCUCAGUCAGAGUGUGUUUCCUCCUCAUCGUCAGGAUGAAGGUGUGGGUCCUACUGAUGUGUGUGAGCUUUUUCUGUCCGAGGACCGAGGCUGACGCCAGAUCGUAUCUGAUCACAGCGCCUCUCUCGUUUCGUCUGGACGCCGUGGAGACAGUGUUGCUGCAGUUGUUUGGUUUCACGGAUGAGGUGACAGUCCAUGUGUUCCUGAAGACCUCCAUGGCUCCGGAUCAUGUGGUUCUGGCUCAGGAGGCCGUGACCCUCAACGCCAAGAACAACCAUCAGGCCGCCACCAAAGUCAAGCUCCGCCCAGGUCAGCUGGAUAAGAGUGUGAGUCAUGUGAUCCUACACGUCCAAUCAGCAGAGAUCAACCAGCACCUGUCUGUCUCCGUCAGCCGCACCAACGGCUUCCUGUUCAUCCAGACGGACAAACCACUGUACACCCCCCAUCAGAGCGUCAAGGUGAGGGCGUUCUCCCUGAACCAGGAGCUGGCGCCGGCCAAUCGCAGCGUUUUCCUGACCUUCAAGGACCCGGAUCACACCACAGUGGACAUCGUGGAGAUGAUCGAUGUCAACAACGGAAUCCCGUCGAUGCAGAACCCGUUUAAGAUCCCGAUCAAACCCAAGUUGGGGAUUUGGUCCAUUGAAGCUUCUUACUCUGAUGAUUUCACCACAACAGCGAGAACAGACUUUGAAAUUAAAGAAUAUGUUCUUCCCAGUUUCUCCAUCCUGGUGGAACCACAAGCGAACUACAUCAGCUUCGGAAGCUUCAGCAGUUUCAGCUUCAAAGUCUCAGCCAGGUAUCGCCACGGAGCUCCAGUGGCCGAUGGCGAGGUGUUUCUGCGUUACGGCUACAUUAGCGGGAAGAAUCCUCCGGUUAUCAUCCCCAGCUCCGUCAUCAGAGAGACAUUGUCCUCAACAGGUGAGGUGGACGUGACAGUGAACAUGGAGAAGGUUCUGUCCAAACACGACGGGCCCAAAGACCUCAACAGUCUGGUGGGGAAGUACCUGUACAUCGCUGUGCUGCUGCAGGAGGACACAGGUGGGAUCACUCAGGAGGCGGAGUUUGCUGCAGUGAAGUUCGUCAAGUCACCGUACAGUCUGAGUCUGGUGUCGACGCCCCCCUUCAUCAAACCUGGCCUUCCUUAUAACAUCCAGGUGCUGGUGAAGGAUCACCUGGACAAACCGGUAAACCGGGUUCAGGUGCGUCUGGUGGAGCGGAAGCUGUUCAGGACGGGGACGGAGAGCGAGGAGCUGCCAUGUCCCGACAGCGCCGACACCCAAUCAGACGGCCUCGCUGUCUUCAUCUGCAACACGCCGAGCCAAGGAGUUCGAGCCAUGCUCAAGUUUGAGACGGCAGACCCCACCCUCCCAGCAGCCAGUCAGGCAUCUCUGAGUCUGGUGCCGGUGGCGUAUCACUCUCCGAACCAGCGUUACCUGUACAUCGACCCACCGCUGCCCGGCCACGGCCUGCAGGUGGGACGCUUCGCCAACAUCAAGGUGUACUCGGCCACGCCCUCCUACGUGCCCGUCAGAGCCCUCAGCUACCUGGUGCUGUCCAAAGGGAAGGUUGUGGAUUUCGGGAGUCAGAAGUUUGUCUCCAGCGGCGACCACAGACAGAGCCUGAGCUUCGAGGUGACGGACGCCAUGGUCCCGUCCAUCAGACUGCUGGUCUACUACAUCCUGUACGGAGAGGGGACGUCCGAGCUGGUGGCCGACUCCGUCUGGCUGGACAUCAGAGACAAGUGUGUCAACGGACUCCAGUCCCAAGGCCUGUGUCGAGCAAAGGGGGCGUGUCCAAAUGAAGCCCGUGUCGAAGCCCGUAUCGUUUUUCAGGAUAUCACCUGUGUUGAAUUAAUGUGUGUGUGUGUGUGUGUGUGUGUGUGUGCAGGUGAGGCGUGUACAGCAGCCGUGCGUGCAAAGCGGGCUCUGACUGAGGAAGCGAAGGCAAAGAAAGCACAGAGUUACGGUCCCUUGAAGACGUGCUGUGAACAAGGGAUGAAGUACAUCCCGAAGAGCGUGACAUGUGAUCAGUUCGCCGAGCAGACCUUCAGGAAACAUCUUCGUUGCAAACGCGUCUUCAAAGCCUGCUGCGAGUUCAUCCAGCAGCACCUGGACCAGGACCAGAACCUCGUGCUGGGACGCCACGCGCUGGGCGCGGACUUCGAUGUCGCUCCUUCUCUCGUUCGGAGCUACUUUCCGGAGAGCUGGCUGUGGGAGGUUCAUCCUGUCAGGGUCGGACAGAUAUCAGCCAUCAUGUCUCUACCAGACUCUCUGACCACCUGGGACAUCAAGGCCGUCGGCAUGUUCAAGAACGGUAUAUGUGUUGCAGAGCCGGUCCAGGUGUCGGUCAGUCUGCCGCUCAGCGUGGACGUCCCGCUGCCCUAUCAGGUGGUCAGAGGAGAACAGCUGGAGCUGAAGGGCUCCGUGUACAACCAGCAGGCCGACAGUAUCUCGUACUGCGUGACAUUGACGGUCGGCCCGGCGCUGUGCCUGCAGCAGUCUAAGCCGGCUUCUGCCGGGACGGGGCUGCACUCCACUUCCUGCAGCUGGACGCCCCUGCCUGCAGGCGAGGUGGGGAAGGUGACCUUCACUCUGCUGGGCCUGGAGGCUGGAGAACACACCCUGACCUUCACCCUGAGGACACGCCAAGGAGACAGAGACAUCCUGGAGAAGAAGCUACGGGUGGUGCCUGAAGGACUAAAGAAAGAGGUGUUUUCUGGAGGAACACUGGACCCUCAGGGGCUCUACGGUUCAGAGAAGAGAACAGUGGAGCUGAAGAACAACCUGCCGACCAACAUCGUUCCAAACACAGCUGUGGAGAGGAUGAUCAUGAUCAGUGGUGAGGUUCUUGGUGACGUCAUAUCAGUGAUGCACAGCCCAGAGGGCCUCCGACAGCUCGUCAACCUGCCGGCUGGCUCGGCGGAGGCGGAGCUCGGUGGCCUCCUCCCUCUGGUCCAGGUGUACCAGUACCUGGAGACGACAGGAAGCUGGGGAGUCCUGGGGAUGGACAUCCGUAAGAACUCUGACGAUCUGAAACAAAAGAUCAGAGAAGGUCUGGUCGGUAUCACCUCAUUUAGACAUGAAGACUUCAGCUACAGCAUGUGGACAAAGAGAGAACCCAGUACCUGGCUGACGGCCCUGGCGGUGAAGACUCUGUCUCUGGUGGACCCGGUGGUCUCUGUGGACCAUCAGUCUCUGUCAGACUCAGUGUCCUGGUUGAUCCGCAGCUCUCAGCAGCAGGACGGAUCCUUCAGUGACAACUCGUCCUACAAACCCAACAAAAUCAUGGCUGCAGGGACAGCUGAGGUUGACCAAUCAGUGUAUGUGACGUCCUUCGUGCUGAUCGCCUUACACCGAGCGACGAGCAUCAAAGACCCCAUCCUGCAGCUCCGGUUCCACGAUGACAGCAUGAAGUCUGCUGCGAACUACAUUUCCCAGCAUGCCCCAGGAGUGAAGAGUGUGUAUGUGCGUGCGGUUGCGACCUACGCGCUGACCCUUCAUGACCCCAACAGCAUGGCGGCGUCCACGCUGCUCAGCAGUCUGGAGAAACUCGCUCGAAACAAAGGUAACCCUGCUGUGCUCAGGUACUGGCAGGAGUCCAGCGUGACAGCUGAUUGGCUGAGACCCGACGAGACGAGCGGUCAGACGGUGGAGACGACGGCGUACGUCCUGCUGACUAUGCUGCUGAAGGGGAGGAUCCAGUACGCCAACCCCAUCCUGUCCUGGCUGACCCAGGAUCAGCACUAUGGACAGGGUUUCUACUCUGUACAGGACACAGUCUUGACUCUGGAGGCGGUGGCAGAGUACAGCAGAAUCGUCCCUCGAGCCGUCCUCAAUCAGGCGAUCAACGUCCGCCAAGGCAGGAAAGGAGCGUUGGAACAAGUCAGGCUGAGCCAGAGCCGACCUGUGGCCACGCCCAUCCAGGUGACGACGGAUGAUGUCAUUGAUGUAUCUACAGGUUAUGGGAGCGGCGUGUCCAAAGUGAAGAUGAGGACAGUUUAUUAUGAGACCACCCCGACCUCACUGAACUGUAACUUUGACCUCACCAUCGAGGUGGUCGGCCCCGACACCAAUUCCACAAUGCGUUCUCCUCACCUGGUCGCCUGUGUAAAGUAUAAACCUCCUCCUAACGAGGUGUUCACAGAGUCCAGUCUGACGGUGAUGAAGAUCCAGCUGCCAACAGGUGUGGACGCUGCCUACGAGGACCUGAGACAGUUCAGAGACUCAGACGAGCCGACCAUCUCCGACUACAGGAAGGAAGGAAACACUGUGAUCAUUCAGAUGGACUCCGUUCCCUCGGACGUCUUCAUGUGCGUUGGUUUUGGGAUCACGACCACGUUCAGGGUGGGCGGAGCCAGCAAGUCCCUGUUUACUGUCUAUGAGCCUCAGGACAAAGGCAGUGAAUGCACCAAACAUUUCUCCUAUGAGCCUCAGAAGCUGCAGCGCCUCUGUGUGGACGAACAGUGUCAGUGUAUGACAGCGGCAUGCGCCGCCUACAGAGGAAGCAACGACUUGACUCUGACAGCAGCCAAACGUACGGAUGAGACCUGCAAGCCGCACAUCAAAUACGCCUACAAGGUGACAGUGAUGUCUUCAGCAGCAGAGGGAGACUUUAUGACCUACACAGCCUCCGUAGUUGAAGUCCUGAAGAACACAGAUAAAGAGUUUGAGGCGGUGAGUUCAGGGACAGAGGUGGAGCUGGUAAAGAAGGUGACCUGCAGCGCUGUGGAUAUCCAGAACAACAAACAGUACCUGGUGAUGGGAGCCAGCGGGUCACAGGUCAAACUCAGCCAGACCAUCAAGUAUCGUCUUCCUCUGGACUCGGAGGCACUGGUGGAGCUGUGGCCGACAGACUGUGAUACUCCCGAGUGUUUGGACUACAUUUCUAACCUGGAUGACUUCUCUCUGGACCUGCAGUUAGCCGGCUGCCCCGACGCAUCGUAACGCAGCACGCCAGACUGUCGUUAGUUCGGGGAGCUUUGUUAUCUCACAGUUUGAAUGUAAAUGACUGUAUUCCUGCUUUUCUAAAUUGUGUCUCCAUGUCAUAAUCUGACAAUAAAAAGAUAAAUAAA